UAGAAAAGGAAAGUAGAUUGGGAAAAGCAGCAAGGAGGAGUAGGAAAUAAAACACGAGAGUCAAAUCUGAGCUGAGCCAUAAAUGAAACCUCACCACAACAAAGUGUUGUUGUGACUCAAACUAACAACAACAACGACAACAUCAUCAUCUCAAAUCAACCUCAAAUUCUAAGAAUUUAAAGAGCUAUUCCAUUGGUGUGGAAGAACAGAAAUGGGAGUGGAGAGUGCCUCUUCGAGUUCAAACUCAAACUCAAAUUCCUCGUCGCAGUACGAUGAAAACGACAAGAGUAACAAAAACAAUAACAGUACUCUUGUUGUUUUGAAUGUCUACGAUCUCACUCCCAUCAAUAAUUACAUGUAUUGGUUUGGAUUUGGGAUCUUUCACUCUGGCAUUCAAGUGUUUGGUAAAGAGUAUGGAUUUGGGGCCCAUGACUUCCCAGCCAGUGGAGUUUUUGAAGUGGAGCCAAAGAAUUGCCCUGGAUUCAUAUAUAGAUGUUCCAUCACAUUGGGGCAAGUACAUAUGAGCCCUUCAGAGUUCAGGACAUUUAUCGAAAACAUGGCUUCAGAAUAUUAUGGGGAUACCUAUCACCUUAUAUCUAAGAACUGCAAUCAUUUUACGGAUGAUGUUUCAUAUAGAUUGAUCGGAAAACAAAUCCCGGGUUGGGUCAAUCGGCUUGCUAAGCUUGGUGCUUUAUGCAGCUGUCUACUUCCUGAAUGUCUUCAAGAAACAACUGUUAAACAGAUACCCGAUUACCAUGAAUGCUCGGAAGAUGAAUUUAUUGACUCUCUCUCAACUCCCACACCCCACGGAUCACAAGAAAUAGACAACGAGCAAGAAAAGCACCUUCUUUUACCAUCAGCUGGUGCCGAGGAUGUUACUUUCGUUAAAGAGGCCCAUGUAAAGUGAAUGUGAUGUGUUCUAGGUGAGAAAACCCUCGAAAAAUUGCAGUGAUUCUCUUUUCGGAAUAAAUAUAUAUUCUUUCAUGGCUUUCUGCAAUGUAUUUGGUUCAUUCAUUGGAUUUGUAAUUGAAGAAUUCAAACUAUAUUUAGUUUGUGUUUUUUAAUUUAUUAAUGUUUUUCUGUGUAAAAUUGUAAAUGACAUCCUUGUCUAUAAUCUGUAUGUUAUGUAACACGAAACAUUCUGAUUUAAGUUAUUAAACAUUCUUAGUGGAUAAGGCAGUUUGUUUGGGAGAUUUGUGUAAGAAAAAAAGCUCUUCAAGUUCAAA